AUGCUCGCGCCGCUCGGCUACCACAUGAACAGGCAAUGCGACGACGUGCUGAAGCGAGCUGUAGACGGUUCCUGGAUCGUGUUCGACGUCACGACGUGUGUCGUCGAACGCAACUUCGGAAUGGCCGUAGCUCCUGGCGGCGAGUCGUCGAUCCGACUCUAUCUAUCUGGCCCGCUGGACGAGGGCGGGAACAGCCUGGUAAUCGGCUCGCACUCUUGGCUCGCUUGGUACUUCUUCGAGAAGGAGGGGGUGCUCAACUACUACGGCUUCAAGCGGCCGCGCGGCAGGCGUAGCCGCAACGGCCACGAGUACGAAGGACCAUUUGCUUACAGUGGACUUUGA